UUUGAAAAUGAACUGAUAACCAAGCUGGACCAGGAGGUGGAGGGUGGCCGAGGGGAUGAGCAGUACAAGAUCUUGCUGGAGAAACUCCUUCUGGAGCACUGUAGGAAGCACAAAUACCUGUCUGCCCCAGGAGAGGUGUUUGCUCUGCUGGUCAGCAGUUUGCUGGAGAACCUGCUGGACUACAGGACCAUCAUGCACGACGAGAGCAAGGAGAAUCGCAUGAGCUGCACUGUCAACGUACUGAAUUUUUACAAGGAGAAGAAACGAGAGGACAUUUAUAUCAGGUACCUGUACAAACUCCGGGACCUGCACACAGACUGUGAGAACUUCACAGAAGCUGCAUACACUCUACUCCUCCAUGCAGAGCUGCUCCAGUGGUCUGAGAAGCCUUGUGUACCUCACCUGCUGCAGAGAGACUCCUACUAUGUCUACUCCCAACAGGAGCUCAAGGAAAAACUCUACCAAGAGAUUAUCUCCUUCUUUGACAGGGGCAAAAUGUGGGAAAAAGCCAUUCAGCUAAGCAAGGAGUUGGCUGACAUGUAUGAAAACAAGAUCUUUGAUUAUGAGGGACUCGGUAAUCUCCUGAAAAAAAGAGCUACUUUUUAUGAGAAUAUUAUGAAGGCCAUGAGACCUCAGCCAGAGUACUUUGCUGUUGGAUACUAUGGACAGGGCUUCCCCUCUUUCCUCAGGAAUAAAAUGUUUAUCUACCGUGGCAAAGAGUACGAGCGCAGGGAGGACUUCAACCUCAAGCUGCUGACGCAGUUCCCUGGUGCUGAGAAGAUGACCAGCACUGCCCCUCCAGGAGAAGACAUCAAGGCUUCUCCUAAACAGUUUGUGCAGUGCUUUCUUGUGAAGCCUGUGAUGAACCUGCCACCUAAUUAUAAAGAUAAACCUGUUCCUGAACAGAUCUUAAACUACUACAGAGCCAAUGAGGUGCAGCAGUUCACACACUCCAGACCAGUCAGGAAAGGAGAGAAGGAUCCAGACAAUGAGUUUGCUGUGAGUCCUUUGCCUUUUUCUUGGGGUGAAGGUCUAACAUUCAAAACNGCAUAUUCCUUUCCAGGCAUCCUCAAGUGGUUUGAAGUCAAACAGGUUACAGUGGAAGAGAUCAGCCCCUUGGAGAAUGCCAUAGAAAUGAUGGAAGUAACCAAUGAGAAAAUCACCAACAUUGUCCAGCAGCACAUCUGGGACAGGAGUUUGCCUGUCCAUCCUCUCUCCAUGCUCCUAAACGGCAUCGUGGACCCAGCAGUCAUGGGGGGAUACACCAACUAUGAAAAGGCCUUCUUCACAGAAAAGUAUCUUCAAGAACAUCCUGAAGAUCAAGAUAAAAUUGAGCUGCUUAAGCAACAAAUUGCUAUCCAGAUGCCCUUGCUGGCAGAGGGUAUUCGGAUCCAUGGUGAGAAACUGACAGAGCAGCUGAAGCCUCUGCACGACAGGCUGACAUCCUGCUUCAGGGAGCUGAAGAAGAAGGUGGAGAAGCAGUACGGGGUGAUAACCCUGCCUCCCUCCCUCACUGAGAGGAAGCCAAGCAGGUCAGGCUCUGUGGUGCUGCCCUACAUCAUGUCCUCCACGCUCAGGCGGCUCUCAGUCACCUCUGUGGCCUCUUCUGUGGUCUCCACGUCCUCCACCUCAUCUGACAGCACCUCCUCCAGACCAGGCUCAGAUGGAUCUAUCCUGGAGCCUCUCUUGGAGAGAAGGACCUCAGCAUCUUCCAGACCUGAGGAUGUGCCCAUGAAAGAGGAUGGUGAUAACAGGAUUAGCAAAGGCAAGAGGAAGGAGUGGAGCAUUAGCAAGUCUCAGGUUAUUGUGGAGAGGGAGCCAGAAACAGAACUGACUUCCAAAAUGGGCACAUCAGGAAAAGCACAAAGGCCAAAGAGUCUUCAGUUAGGAGACAACAGACUGACUUUGCUUCAGGGCUCUUCGCUCCAGCAGUCCACUUGUAGCCCACCACCCAUCACCCCCAAGACGCCAAGGACUCAAAGUUUUCCCUCUUUGCAAGCUGAUGGGUUGGCAACUCCACCUCCUCCUCCACCCAAAAGCAAACCUUAUGAGAACAGCAACCCCAGGAAUUCUGUGGAGGUUGCUCCACCACUGCCCAGCAGACGUGAAGCCAAACCUCCCCCUCCACCCCCCAAAACCAGGAAAUCCAGCGUUGUCUCCUCGGAACAAGGACUGCAGUGA